UAUCGAUCAUAGAUAUUUUAGCCUCAUCGCUGGUUAAGUUAACGUCAAUCAAAUUGGAAGUUGAAAGCUAUCAUUAUCAGCAUUAACCGAAGGGCGAAGCCACAAUUUGAGGUUGGAUUUGAAUCAGAAAUCGUCGCAGCCAUUAAAAUUAUUCGUUUCAGGAGAAUUUUAUUUCCCAAAUCACCAGAGCUUGUUGAAUCAUCAAUAAGACCACAGAUAGAUUAACGGAUAGAAAAGAUUUAUGGCGAAUCUUUAUGUGAAGGCGGUGCCGCCGGCCGAUCUGAACAGGAACACCGAGUGGUUCAUGUACCCAGGGGUGUGGACUACCUACAUACUCAUGUUGUUCUUCUCCUGGCUCCUUGUGCUCUCCAUCUUUGGCUGCUCUCCCGGCAUGGCCUGGACCGUCGUCAAUCUCGCCCAUUUCUGUAUCACUUACCAGUUCUUCCAUUGGAAAAAGGGGACACCAUUUGCAGAUGAUCAAGGGAUCUAUAAUGGACUAACUUGGUGGGAACAGAUAGACAAUGGGAAGCAACUUACCCGCAACAGAAAAUUCCUAACUGUUGUUCCUGUGGUGCUGUACUUGAUAGCCUCACACACGACUGACUAUCAACAUCCAAUGCUCUUCUUCAACACACUUGCUGUAAUAGUGCUCGUUGUUGCCAAGUUUCCAAAUAUGCAUAAGGUUCGGAUCUUUGGUAUUAAUGCAGACACGUGAGCUGGGCUUGUGUUUAAAUGGUUGUUUUAGCCUGUUUAAAGGUCACUUUCCACUGAUCCAUCUGAUCCGCAGCUUAAAUGUUAUAUCUCUGUGUAGAAGUCAGAACUGGAAGGCCAUUUGAACAUGUAAUGUUUUUGUGCUACUCUUACAAGCCAUCUCAGAUGAUGAUGGAAUAAAAUGUAUCAAGUCUUUGUACAGUAGAGAAUUUUAUGUCCUUGGGCUUAUUACAUAUUUUGACAGUAUUAUUAAUGUAAUUUUUUAAAAUCUUUUCUUUUUUGUACAA